CAAAAUAAUAUUAUAGUAUGACCAAAGUCCGAAAAACGCGGCCAUAAACCAAAAUCCCCUUACAUUACAUGCAUGUAAUCCUCCGAUACUGUAGUUAAUCUAUGUAGACUUUUUCCGAAGGACUAAGUUCCAAAUACGCCUCUACAGCUACCACCCCUUUCAACAAACAAGCAAAAUUCAACUUCAUUUUUUUUUAUUUUUUAUUUUUUGGCUUUGUGGAAAUCGCUUCACUGUAUAUGAACAAGCAACAAAGAUGCCAGGGCCAGGACCACACAUGAUGUACACAUUGGGUUCAGGAAUAGGACUCAUGAGUGUAUCUAAUGGCCGUUUUAGUCCUCAUCACUGUCUUACUUAUUCCAUCAAUGCUUUCUUUGGACCCGAUAUUGGAUCUUUUUCUGAGUGGCUUACUUCUACACUUGGUUUAGGGAGUGCUUUGGGUUAUGCAAUUGAGCCAUGGAUUCAUGAUCCGUUUUAUUAUAUGCUUAUUCUUGGUAUACCUAUGUCUAUGAUUUAUAGCUCGGUUUCUAACUUUCUUCUCAAGAAGGGAUUUCUUGAUUCUGUUUCUGGGUCGCCGCUUACGAGGAAGCAGUGUCUUUUCCUGGUGGCUGCUGGUUCUUUAUCACAUUUUUUCUUGGACCAUUUGUUUGAGGAAAAUGGGAAGUCUACUAUGUACACUUGGAUAUUGAGCACAGGUUGGUGGGAAGGUCGCGCACCAAUCAAUCCAGACGCUGUUGUUGUGGUUUGCGUUUUAUGUUGCUUCUUGAUCGCUGAUUUUAUUUACAUCAACAGAGUGAAGCCACUGAAACUGCUCAAGUUACGGGUUAUCAACUCUGUCAAGCUGAUGUUGGUAAUUGCUUCCUUAUAUUGCUUAUGGUGUGCAACCCAAAUAUACUUGGUUCGUCCUCGUCGGCCAGCUGUUGGUGAAGAGGCUGAUCUCGGAGUUCUUGUGUUUAUGGGAAUAUAUUUUUUCCUCCCUCACUGGCUGUGCAUUCUGUCCAUGAACUCAAGAGAUCCCCAAGAACUUAUGCCCUUAUGACUAGAUGAAAAUCAUAGUGACUAGUGACACACAAUAUCUCAAGGCUAAAAUUGAUUAAAGCACUUGUCAGCAACAUUUUGUAGAGGGAGCUGAACUAGUCGAUGCUCGCCCGGUUCGUUGCAGCUGCUGGUACUCUAAGGUUACCUGGCAUCAGCUAGGGGCAUAAACUCACCUUGAUUUACUGGCUCCACAAGGUCAAAAAGUGUAGAGAUUGUGAUUUUGGAGCUGCAUUUUUUCUUCUUGGUGUUGUAGAUUGAACUGUAUGGUAGGUCCUAGUAAAGUACUAUUCCAAAAAAACAUAGGUGUUGCAGGUUUUGUUGAUCAAAAAAUUUAUAGCUCAUAUUUA